CCGACCGCGACGGGCCGGUGAGUCUGCACAGCUACUACUGCUGCUGCUGCUGCUGCAACUGUUGCCCACAACGAGAGUCUGCCAGCUGAACUGCCGUGAUGGACCUCCGCGACGGCUUCCUGGUGGCCAUACUGCUCUUCUUCUGCUGCCUGCUGCCUCAGGAGUCACACACGCUGGGACGGCUGCCCAAAGCAUACAGGCCCCCGCCUCACCUGCCGCUGGAGGGCGGUCUGUCGCGGAACGCGCGGCUGUGCGGCGCCUCGCGGCUGCUGGACGGUCUGGUGUCGGGCCCCGAGUCGCUGGCCGAGCGCCAGGGUCAGCUCUACACGGGCCUCAACGGCGGCCACGUCGUGCGCAUAGACCCGCUCACCGACCAGGUCACCUCCGUCGCCAAGUUCGGCAGGUCCUGUGAAGGCCCCUGGGAUGAAGAGGCGUGUGGCAGACCGGCGGGCGUCAAGUUCGCCAGCGACGGCACGCUCAUUGUCGCCGACAUGUACUACGGACUCUUCAGGGUGGACGUCGACACAGGGCAGUCGUGGCAGCUGGUGUCGGUGAACCAGACGAUCGCCGGCAGGAGGCCCGGGCUGCCCAACGGCGUGGAGACGGCGCCCGACGGCUCCAUCUUCUGGUCGGACUCCAGCACCGCCGCCAACUUCCGCAACGCCAUCGUCGAGUUCCUGGACGACGCCAGCGGCAGGGUGCUGCGACUGGACCCAGAGACGGGCGCCAACACCGUCUUGGCCGACGAACUACGCUUCCCCAAUGGCCUGCUCUUGACACCUGACCAGAGCCACCUGUACAUCGCGGAGACUGGCCGCAACAGGAUUCUCAGGUGCCGGCUGUCGGACGGGUCGGUGUCGACGCUGGUGGAGGGCCUGCCGGGCGCGCCGGACGGACUGCGGCCGGGCCCGAGCGGAGCGGGCGUCCUGGCGGCGCUCAUCUCCACCGACACGCCGUCGCGCGCCACUCUGCCAGAGCUUCUGGCGCCACUGCCCAAGGCGCGCGCGGCGCUCCUGCUGCUCCUGCGCGCCAACCGGGCGCUGCUCGCCACCGCCAACACCGCGCUGCCGCUGCAGGCCACGCGCAGGAUCACGCACGUGCUUGGACAUACUGAGACUGUAUUUCGAGAGACAAUGGCUCGGAGCAUGGUAGUUUGGCUGGAUGAUGAAGGUGGAAUCUUAACAAGCCUGCAGUGUCCUUCUGGAACUACACGCUACAUUUCAGAAGCCAUUGUUGUGGGUAAUAAUAUUUACCUAGCAUCACCAUUCAACAAUUAUAUCGGACGCCUUCCCACCGAAUCUCUGUUAUCACAGCUCUGAUGAUAUACAACUAUUCUCAAGAAUAAAAACUCUGCUCAGUGUAUUGACAAGCUAAAAUAAAUAGAACAUUGCUGCAUAUAUGGGGUCAUUGCAUCUCCUUGGAAAGGAGCAGCAAAAAUGAUGGUGCAAUACUAUCAUUUGAGAUGUUCUCUUGCUCAAUAUACCCCAAGGACGUCAAGACAUUUAGUCAUCUUGCCAUAGGUGAUAGUGCGCAUUGUGUCUGACCGUGUACUGAACAGCAUUGCAGAAGUGUGGGUUCAAGUGGAACCACAGACUAGAACUGAUAACUUAUCUAAUUUGAUUUGGAACACUUCACAUACUUAAAUGAUUUUGCCGUCACAGUACAUACAGCACAGGCUUGGGCAAAUUUUACUGUUGCAAAAUGAUCAGUGCCACAAGCUGUUUACAACCAGCUGUGCUGAAUAUUUUUGUUUGAGAAAUCAUGUGCUGGUGAUAAUAUUUUAGAAUGUAAUAUAAGUAGCCAGAACUUAUAUGUGAGUGUUGGGACUCACAGGUAAUCUUAUGUGACAGCUAUGAGUCUGCAACUAAAGUAAUUGUAAUACAUUUCUUUGUGUUAUCAUUUUGUAAAACUUUUUAUCAAGACUUUA